AUGGGAUGCAAAUUUGCCUUUGAUAAAUCCUUCCUUAAACCCCGUGAAGUUCUGGAAGACAGCGUUCUUCCCAAACCUAUCCAUGAACCCAGUCCAUUUCUUCUCCCGCCGCACUCUGCCAAAUUCGCGACGUCAUCACCGCCAACUGCGUACACUCUACGACGCGGCGUCAUCUGUUAGAUGCGUCCGUGACCGGGGCCUCGACCAUGCUGUAGAGAGGGAGAGGAACCUCAAGCCGGUGUUGAACAUCAAAAACCUCAUCAAAUUGGAGCCUUCAAAGUCCCUCCCUCUUAACCUCAUCACUCAAUCCAAGGACUCUCUCGAAAUCCCGACCCGACCCAUCGAGUUCAUCCGUAAUUACUCUGCCAUUUUUCAGGAAUUUUUCCCUGGCAGCGUUAAUAUCCACCCCCACAUCAAACUCACACCCGAAGUUCUCAAUCUUGAUUCAGAAGAGCAGCUUCUCUACGAGAGUGUCAUGUACAGAGAAAAUGUGGCUGACCGGCUUUUGAAGCUUCUAAUGAUUGGUAAAUCUAAUCAAGUACCAUUGGCUGUUAUUGAUAGGCUUAAAUGGGAUUUGGGGUUACCCCAAGAUUACGUUAAGAUGAUAGUUCCUGAAUUUCCGGAUUAUUUUAGGGUGAGUAGUGGAGGUGAUGGGGAAAUGUUGGAAUUAGUUUGUUGGAGUCACGAACUUGCUGUUUCAGAGAUGGAGAAGAGUGCAACCUUAAGACGUGGGGAGCUUGAUGAGGGAACCCUAGUUAACUUCAGUGUGAAGUACUCCAGCGAGUUUGAGAUGGACAAAAAGUACCAGAAAUGGGUUGACGAGUGGCAAAAAUUGCCUUACAUCUCACCUUACAAGAAUGCAAUGCACCUUGCUUCAAAUUCUGACCAGUCAGAUAAAUGGGCAGUUGGUAUUUUGCAUGAAGUUCUCAAUCUGUGUAUUGGGAAAAAGGCAGAGAAGGAUAAUGUACUGGUUCUUGGAGAGUAUUUGGGUUUAAGGUCUAGAUUCAAAAGAGCAUUACUGCAGCAUCCAGGGAUAUUUUAUGUUUCAAAUAAAAAUGGGACAUAUACUGUGGUAUUAAAAGAGGCAUAUAAAAGAGGGGCUUUAGUUGGUAAGUGUCCUAUGAUGGAAAUGAGAUUUAGAUAUGCUCAUUUAAUGAAAUCUUCGACCGAGGAUAAAAAAUCCAAAUGUGAAGCUGGAAAAAGCUGUAAUGAUGUGAAGGAAGAGAAAUUGGAGAAGUUUGAUGAUGAUGAGGAGGAUGAGGAUGAGGAAGAAGAAGAUACUGAUUUUAGUGAUGAUUAUGAAGAUGAUGAUGAGCAACAUGAUGAUAAAUUAGAAUCAACAAGUAGAGGAAAACCGAGAUUUAAAACAAAAGUUAGAGAUGAUACCUCAAGAAGCAUACAUAGGAGAUCAGCACGAAGAGAUUCCAUCCGGAAAACAGAAUUUUCUCCAAGAUCUAGGAGAAGAGUAACAGAUCAUGACGUGCAGGAGGAUAAGGAAGCAAAGAAUGGAAGGAGGUCCAAUUUCAAAUCAAAUUUUGAAAGGAAAACCCCUUUAAGCAGGAACAAAGCAAGUUCUAAACUCUGAAGUCCAAAUAUACCUUCAUCUUCAGUGAUAUAGGAUUAUUCCAGCAUUUGCUCAAUUAUUUACCUUUCUCUGCCGGUGUCAUUGGGUUUGUGCUGGAGCCCAUGCUCGGGUUUUAGGAUGAGCAAGAGAAGAAGCUCAAGGAUAUUUAAGAUGCAAUUCCACCUUUGCAGGUUUAAUUCUGUAUGUUAAUGUUCACUUUCCAAUACAAUUUAUUGAUAAUGUGUAUUUUUCACAUAUAAUGUGAUUAGGAAUAUGUUGUGAUCUACUGAUGUGUAUCAUAAAUUCAUAAUUAUGAGCAUUUGAGUUAUAAAUAUGGAUUGGCGAGUUUGUGUCAGAGAUUGCAAUAUUUGAUGUGUCGAGAUCUUUAAAAACAGAAUUUGGGUUUU